UUAUAGUUGCGCGCAGUUAAAAAUCGUUUUGUUUUGACUUAUAUUUUCAAUACCUACAGCAGACGCUUAUAAAUUCUGAAUUAGCAUCUAAGUAUUGCUAAUUAAAUUAAAUUAACUUCAAUUAUUGAUACAUAUUAGGUUUUCUUUAUAAACGUCAUUAACAAUCAAUAUGAGUAGUGAAAAUAACGAGGAACUUAUUGAACAUGUAGAAAAAAAGCAAAAACUCGAAGAACCAACUCCAUCAGGUUCUAAAACGGAAAGUAUGAACUCAAAACCCAAGGCGAAUGCUCUCUUAAUAAACCCCAAACAACGUGGAAAUCCUCUUAUAAAACAUAUCACUGGUGUUCCAUAUGAAUAUUCUGAAAUGAUUCCAGAUUAUAUAGUAGGCCCAGCAUCUUGCAUUUUAUUUUUAUCACUUCGAUAUCAUCAAUUGAAUCCAGACUAUAUUCAUGAUAGAUUGAAAACUUUAGGUUCUUCUUUCAAUCUUCGGGUAUUAUUAGUGCAAGUGGACGUAGCGGAGCCGCAUAACUCUUUGAAACAUUUAACAAGAAUUUGCAUUUUAGCAGAUUUGACGUUAAUGUUGGCAUGGAGUGCAGAAGAUGCUGGAAAAAUUAUAGAAACAUAUAAAGCUUAUGAAAAUAAGCCACCAGAAUCAAUCAUGGAAAGAAGUGAAUCAGCUCCUUAUACAAAAUUGGUGAAUGCUUUAACAUCAGUAAGAUCAGUAAACAAAACAGAUGCAAUGACUUUGUUGUCAACUUUUGGAACAUUUGAAGCAAUUGUUAAAGCUCCAUUGGAUGCUUUGUCAUUGUGUCCAGGCUUUGGAACACAAAAAGCACAACGCCUGCAUAAAGCUUUACAUGAACCAUUUUUAAGAUCUAGUAAAUAAAUUACAGACUGAUAAAUAUUAUAUUUUUAA